CUGAUUGGAGGAGCUCACGUCAAUCAUGAUCUCUAGCAAGUUUGGUUGCAGUUUGCGGUUGUUGAUGUCGCUGUCAGAAGUCAAACCAGCACAGAAGACAGCUAGCAGGUGACGAUGCAGUUCCUUGGCCGGCUGUUGGACACAGUGUCCUCUGUGUCGACCCUCUUUGCCAACCCCUACCGUGUCCGUGAUGUGCCGCUGUCCGACUACGGUGGAGGAGGCAAAAUCUUGCUGAAAGAGGAGGGACGCAUGGUCCUGUACAGAAACAACCAGUGCCAGUCAUGGGACUGUGUGCUUAUGUGUCCUGAGACGCCAACUGUGGUCAUGAGGCUGUUUCAGGUGGCGUCAGAGGAGGAUGCCAUGAACUGGUUUCCGCAGUAUGCCCUCAAGCUCCGCCCCUUCUAUGAGACACUUCCUCUGAAGGCUGAGACCACCCAGCCAAUUGUGGACUGCAUCCGCAGCCAUCCGGAUUGGAGCUCUGCCCACGUCGCCGUGGAGACAGGCCUGAGAGAGUGUCUCAAACAUAACUAUGUCCAGAGUCAGAUCAACGCUCGGGAUGCUUCAGGUCAGACGCCGCUGCACCUGGCAUGUGAGCGUGGUGACGCUGUGUGUGUGAAGGAGCUGUUGGAGGAAAGCCAGGCUCGCACUGACAUCAAAGACCGCAAUGGAGAGACGCCCAUGCACUGCGCCGCCAAGCAGGAUUCUCCUGCCAUCAUCCAGGUCCUGUGCUCACGGCUGUGCUCAGGGGUGAAUGAGCUGAACAACAGCGGGGAAACACCACUCCACGUGUCCUGCCGCCUGGGACGAGUAGAGGCCGUCAAAGCUCUGUUGGAUGGAGGGGCCAAGUGUGAUGUCAUUGGUGGCACUGGCUACCCCAUUCACAAUGCCAUGAAGUACAGUGAGAAGGGCUGUGUGGAGGAGAUCCUCAAAGCAGAUCCAGGACAGCUCCAGGCUGAGGACUCUUUGUAUGGAGGGACGCCUCUCCACUGGGCCAAAACUGCUGAGAUGUGUCGUAUUCUGCUGGAGCAUGGCUGCACAGUGAAUUACCUCAGUAAGACCGGAGAGAGUGCCCUCCAUAUUUUGACCAAGAGGGGUCGCUUUGAGGCGGCCAUGGUGUUGCUCACCCACGGAGCGAAUGCCAACCUGAAGGGCCAGGGUGGGAACACAGCGCUUCACCUUGCUAUGAAGAUGGACCACAUAGAGCUGAUCAAAGCUCUGAUUGUGUUUGGUGCUGAUGUGGAGAUCCACAACGACCUGGGAGAAACUCCUGGACUGAUCGCUGCACGGACCAGCAAAGGUCCUAAUAGAAAGAUACUGCUGGACAUGCUGUGUAGUGUAGGAGUCCAGCGUUGCCUCCCUCCUUCCCCCGGUAGUCCUCCCCCCAUCUUCUACAAGGCCAAGUCUCAAAGCAUAGGGUUUGAGGACAUCAUGUAUGUGGGGGCUGCAAUUGGUGCAAUGAGCAAAGGCACAUCUGAAGUGGAUGGCCCCAGAAUGGACAAAAAGAAGAUGGACAGACUGCUGUGUCUCGAUGGUGGAGGUAUUAAGGGUCUCGUGUUGAUCCAGAUGUUAAUCGCUCUGGAGAAAGAGGCUGGUCGACCCACCAGAGAGCUCUUUGACUGGGUGGCUGGCACGAGCACUGGGGGCAUCCUGGCCCUUGCUAUAAUUCACGGGAAGUCCAUGGAGUACCUGCGCUGCUUAUACUUUAGGAUGAAAGAACAGGUGUUCAAGGGGUCACGACCCUACGAAUCAGCACCGCUGGAGGACUUCCUGAAAAAAGAGUUUGGAGAGAACACCAAGAUGACGGACGUCCGAUACCCCAGGGUCAUGGUGACCAGCGUUCUGGCAGACAGACAUCCAGGCGAGCUGCACAUCUUCAGGAACUAUAAUCCACCCUCCGUCCACAGAGAGCCCCCAUAUGCAACCACUGCCACAUUCAAGCCCCUCACCAUCCCUCAAGAACAACUUGUGUGGCGAGCUGCCCGUUCCAGCGGUGCUGCUCCCACCUACUUCCGACCAAUGGGCCGCUUUCUGGAUGGAGGGCUGCUGGCCAAUAACCCGACGCUAGAUGCCAUGUCAGAAAUCCAUCAGUACAACAAAGCCUUAAAAGCAGAGGGCCAUGGGGAGGAAAUCAAAAAGUUGGGUAUAGUGGUCUCCCUUGGUACAGGUAAACCCCCUCAGGUAGUGGUGAGCUCUGUGGAUGUGUUCCGGCCCUCCAAUCCUCUGGAGCUGGCCAAGAGCUUUGUAGGAGCAAAGGAGCUGGGCAAGAUGCUGGUGGACUGUUGUACAGACUCUGACGGCUGUGCGGUGGACAGGGCCAGAGCCUGGUGUGAAAUGAUCGACACCAUCUAUCACAGAUUGAGCCCUCAGCUGUCACAGGAGGUGAUGUUGGAUGAGGUGAGUGACGCGGUCUUGGUGGACAUGCUGUGGGAAACCCAGAUGUACCUUUAUGAGAAGAGAGAGAUCCUCCAGUCCCUGGCAAAAAUGCUACUGGAUAACUGAACGCACCAGAAAGUCACAAGGGGAGGCCAUGAAGAUGGGCCUGUGCUAGCAGAAGAGGUGGCAUAUAUCAGAGCAAAGUUGAGUCCCAUGAAUGAAGUCAAAUGCAAGAGUGGUUGGACAAGGCACAAAGAUUAGCGAACCAUUUGUCUGAUACAAGACAGUAACGUCCAUGUUGAUGUGCUCUCUCCUUAAGACAAACUCUUCGAAAUGACAUGAUGUCACUACAGUGACUUUCAUAUAUACACAGAAAUGUCACUGCACAGCAGCAAAUGUGUGAAACAUGACAAACUGAUGACUAAUACAGGAAAAUGACUGACUUGAUGUUGCCUAUUGAAAGGCAAGUUAUGUAGCAUCAUGUGACCUUAUCACUGACCUUAUCACUAUCAUGGUUUAUCAAGUUUACUGUUUGUAUAUAAACCAGUGAAGGAUGGUGUGUACCUUCUUGGGCAUAUGAAUACAGGGUAAACGUAGGCGCAAAUGGAAUCAAGUAGCACACACCCUGACUGUUGAACUGUCAGCUAACUGUGGUUUUUCCCCUCUCCAUAAUGUUCGGUAACAAGUAGACAUUUUAAUAUACAGACAUUUUUGACAAGGUUGUAUGAUCAAAGGGACCCUGCAGUAACACUGCAAAAUCUGCAUUAUAUUGUAGCAGUUUGAUGAUGGUCAUGAUUGCAAAGUUCUGCCUGAUGUUUUUGGGGCCCAAAUUUGCACUGUUUCCUUACUUAUCUCCACAAUGCAUUUUCAUGCCUUUGUAAGUUAUUUAUACUGACACGGUAUUUAACCUCACAUCCAGUGAUAACCUGCUUGCACACUGUACAGUGUUAUAUACUCCCAGACAAUUGUCUGUAAAUGAGUCUUUAACUUGUUCUGUUACAAUGAGACUGAAAACUAGACUUGAAAUAUGAAUCUACUUGAAAGACAAAGAAGCAGAAGACUCCCUGCUACUUGCACAACAUAAACUGGAGGCUACAAAUUAUUUCCUAUGUUUUUUGUAUUUGGAAUAAUUACUGAUGUGUAUGCUGGUAUGGUAAUAAAAGGUAUGAAUAAUUACUUAAAAUUUA